AUGGCGAAAAAAUUAGGGAAAGCUUCUUUCCUUUGCGACGAAGAACUUGCCCUAAUUCUCACCAAGGUUCUCGACCCAUCUGAUAGAAAAUCCUUCUCCCAAGUCUGCAAGCAGUGGCUUCGAGUCGAUGGUCUCAACCGAUCAUCGAUUCGUUUUCUCCGACCUGAUUUUCUCCGUCUGACACUUUCUAGGUUUCCAAACUUAGUCGUGUUCGAAACACCCAACUCAAUCUCCGACACCGAUCUCGAGUUCAUCUCCCAGACAUGUCCCAAAAUCGAAGUCCUCAACCUUAAUCUUGUAACGACGUCGUUGGAUCUCGGUCUCAAAUGUUUAGGUCUACCGGCUUUGGCAAAUGGGUGUCCGAAAUUGUCCAAGGUUAUACUUACUGGAAGAAGCUCUAUUACAGAUCAGAUAUCUGUUUCACUUGUGAACUUGGUGAAAAAUUUGACGUAUUUGGACUUGGGGUGUUGCUUAGAGGUCUCUGACAAGUCGCUUGAAGCAAUUGGGUUUGGUAGUUCGAUUAGUUAUUUGAGUUUGGAAUGGUGUUGUCAGAUUACUGAUAAAGGUCUGGGGUUUCUGGUAAAUGGGUCUUGUUCUAAAACCCUAAAGACAUUGAUACUUGCUUGGUGUGAAAGGAUUACAGAUGCUGGGGUAGUCCAUUUGAAGGAAAUGCAGUGCUUGGAACACUUGAAUUUGGCUAACUGUGGCCGAAAGAUCACGGACACGGGAGGUGUGGCAAUCUCGGCCAUUUCGACCCUCAAGAAAUUGAGUUUGGUUGCCCUGGUGAAAGUGACGGACCGCACCAUUGUUGCUCUUGCUGAGAAUUGUUUCAACUUGGAGGUCAUUGAUUUAAGUGAUUGUAGACUGACGGGAGCUGGUAUUCGGGCAUUUGCAAGUCACAAGUUGUUACAAUCUAUUGUGUUGCGGUUUUGUAAUAUUAGUGGGGAUAAUUUGGAUAAUUUGGUGUUUCGCUGCGGAUCGUUGAAAUCUAUUGUGCUGGAUUCUGAGACCCUAAAUCAGAUGAGGCCGAGGCUGCGGAAAAGAACUAGAAAAGUUGUGACAAUGGGGUUGAUGGCUUGA